AUGUCUCUCCGAUUUUCUAGUGGGUCUAGGCAUAUUUGCUUAUGGUCUGGAGCUGGGUCUGUCAGACCAUCCAGUGGAGGCUUAGGCUUUGCAGGCAGCAAUGCAUGUGGCAGUUCUGUGGCUGGAAGUGGAUUUUCCUGUGCCUUGGGAGGGGGCCUGGGCAAUGUUCCUGGGGGGAACCAUGCUGGUGGUGUCCUUGGAAACGCUGCUUGUGCUGGCUUUGCUGGAAGUGAAGGGGGACUUCUGUCCGGGAAUGAGAAGGUGACCAUGCAGAAUCUUAACGACCGCUUGGCAUCCUACCUGGGAAACGUGCGAGCUCUGGAGGAGGCAAAUGCCGAACUAGAGAGAAAAAUCAAGGGCUGGUAUGAUAAAUAUGGGCCUGGAUCUUGCCGUGGACUUGAUCAUGACUAUAGCAGAUACUACCAGAUAAUUGAAGAACUUAAGAAUAAGGUUAUCUCUUCCACUAUUGCUAACGCUAACGUAAUUCUGCAUAUUGACAAUGCCAGACUGGCUGCGGAUGACUUCCGGCUAAAGUAUGAAAAUGAGCUUGCCCUUCACCAAAACACAGAGGCUGACAUCAACGGGCUGCGGAGAGUCCUAGACGAACUGACGCUCUGCAGGACCGACCAGGAGCUGCAGUACGAAUCCCUGAGCGAAGAGCUGAGGUACCUCAAGAAGAACCACGAAGAGGAAAUGCAGGCCCUGCAGUGCGCGGCGGGCGGGAACGUGAACGUGGAGAUGAACGCGGCGCCCGGCGUGGACCUCACGGUCCUGCUGAACAACAUGCGGGCCGAGUACGAAGACCUGGCCGAGCAGAACCGCAGGGACGCGGAGGCCUGGUUCAACGAGAGGAGCGCCACCCUGCAGCAGCAGAUCUCCGACCACGCGGGCGCGGCCACUUCGGCCAGGAGCGAGCUGACCGACAUGAAGCGCAGCCUGCAGACCCUGGAGAUCGAGCUGCAGUCGCUCCUGGCAAUGAAACAGUCCCUGGAGUGCUCCCUGACCGAGACCGAAGGGAACUACUGCACGCAGCUCGCCCAGAUCCAGGCUCAGAUCGGGGCCCUGGAGGAACAGCUGCACCAGGUCCGAACCGAGACGGAGGGCCAGAAACUGGAGUACGAGCAGCUGCUCGACAUCAAGGUCCACCUAGAAAAGGAAAUUGAGACCUACUGCCGCCUGAUAGAUGGAGACGGGAACUCAUGCUCCAAAUCAAAGCGCUUUGGAUCAGGAGGCUCAGGGAGUUCACCCAAAGAGUUAUCCAAAACCACAUUGGUAAAGACAGUGGUUGAAGAGAUAGAUCAACGUGGUAAAGUUCUUUCAUCGAGAGUCCACUCCAUUGAAGAAAAGACAUCUAAAAUGACCAGUAACAAAACAGAGCAAAGGGUUCCUUUCUAGCCACCAUUGAGAAAAGAACAAUUUGGGAGAGGAUUCUUCACAACUGCAUUAUUCUAAAUAUCAAGAAAAUUAUUAUUUUCUACCUUUAAUGAUAAAUCACUUAACAAAAAUA